AUGCCUCCAAUCAAUAUUGAAGAUGACAGUCAAAGCCACAGUACCCAACCGGCGACAAACACUUCUACCACAACCCGCGUCGUGCCACAUGUCGUCACAGAACACCUCCAAACAGCUCCGGAAUGGAGGAUCAAUGGCCACGAAGCCAUCACAAGCCACGACGUUGAGAUUAUUAGCGUCACACCAACAGUGCAGUCCCCGUGUGUCAUCAUGCUAUGCAGUGGAAUAAACUUCGAUGGUGUACCUUUCAACCAAAUGCGGUUCACCGAGAGAGACGUCCACUUGAUGUCUGGCCCAAAACUGUUUGGGUAUUGGCGCGGCAAGGGGGGAAGACCUUGGGCGGCUGGAAUUUCAGAUGAUAUCUGCCACUUAUUAAAGAUCUUGGACGAGAAGGAUGGGAAGCUAGAGGUGCAGUUUGUUGGAUGUGCCAAGUCCAAGUCUGAGUGGUGA